AUGGUCAAUUGGGGGAAUAUUCGAAAUAUUGCUGCAUUUUGGCUUCUUGGUCUUUGCAAUAAUUAUGGCUAUGUUAUUAUGCUAUCAGCAGCUGAAGAUAUUUUGGACGAUCAGCAGAACAAAUCGAAUUCCACAAAUUCAACAAUUGAUACCUGCGAGAAUCACAUAACGUCUCGCCAUUGUCAACCAGUUUCUACUGGUGCAGUACUGCUCGCAGACAACUUGCCCGCUUUAAUAGUUCAAACAACGUUCCCAUUUUUCAUGCAUCGCUUUCCAUUUGGCUUCCGCGCUGUUCUCGUUUUCCUUCUCCAAUCGUCAUCGUAUUUCAUUGUCGCUUAUUCAACAAGUAUAGCAAUGUCGCUUACUGGGGUAUGUCUAGCAUCGCUUGGACAAGGAAUUGGAGAGAUUACAUUUCUCGCGAUGGCUGCCCAUUACAUUCCCGAAACAAUCGCAGCAUGGUCAUCCGGUACCGGAGGUGCUGGCCUUAUCGGCUCAUUUUCAUACGCUUUAAUUACUCAAGCGGGACUUUUACCAUCAAAUGCUUUACUUAUUCAAUUGUUUAUUCCGGUAUUAUUCGCAGCAUCAUAUUUUAUAAUACUGAAAAUUCCAAAUUCAGUUUACUCACCGACAAUUAAUCCAAAGACCUGGAUUAUCCCGAAGAAUCAUGAUGAAAUAGCAUUGAACGCGGCUCAAGCAAGAGGGGAAGUGUUUUCAACUGAGAAGGUACCUCAACGGGAUUUGAGUUUGACUGAAAGGCUCAAAUUGAUUGUGCCUCUUUUAUACUUAAUGAUUCCUCUUGCAACUGUAUACACCGCAGAGUAUAUGAUAAACCAAGGACUGACAGAACUUAUAAUUUUCAACUGCUCUCAGGGUCUUUACUUACCAUUCGCAAGCCAAUAUAGAUGGUAUCAGGUGUUGUACCAACCUGGUGUUUUCUUGUCCCGGUCGUCUGUCAAAUUUUUCGAAAUGCCCAUUUGGAUGAUUUGGAUGCUUCCAGUGUUACAGGUUUCGAAUAUGAUAUUUUUCUUCUUCGAAGCAGUUUAUUGGUUUACUCCGACUAUUAUAAUAAUAUUCUGCUUAAUCGUAUUCGAAGGACUACUUGGAGGAUCGGCAUAUAGAAUAUUCAUUGUCAGCAGCUUCUAUGGGUAA